CUGGUCCGUGCCUGCGCAGAGACAUCAGGAAAACAUACAGAGACAUGACGGAACAACCACUCGUGACACUGCACUAUUCACAGCUCGCCUCACCGAGAUGUCCGUCCCUCUUGUCCUUCUUCUUCCGAGGGCGAGCCUGCGCAGGUGCCUUGCUGCUGCCGAAGUCGUCCUGUCAGAUGCACCUGACAAACAGAGACAGAGAGAGAGAGAGAGAGAUUGAACCCAAUGCUCCCUCCCUCCUUUGUCUUCCCCUUCCCUGCCCCCCCACAUGUGGUGUUGUCUUUGUCUUCCUUGCCAGUCUUCGUGACGAUCUCAGCCAUGCUCAGCAGCUCCAUCUCAGACUCUGAGGAAGCCCAUAUACAACACAAACACAACACACGUCCAACCCUGCCUUCCCCUCGGCUGUUCCCGCACCGUAUUUCUCUGCCAGUGUGUCAAUGGACUUCCGGAUGAUCCGCCCUUUGUCCGUCAGGAAGCGAAUCUCAGCCAUGUAGCCGUCGACGAUGCUGCUCUUGAGGUUCAUCUUGACCACGUCGAGCAGGAUCUGGCCGUCCUCGAUGGGGAUGGGGUGGUGCAGGCCGAUCGAUAUGAGCUUGCGAAAGCCCCGAACUGAAAGACAAGGGGACACAUCAACACAAAUUGACAGGAAUGCGCCCAUGAAGAGGGUUUGGCCCGCCCCAACGUGUGUGGUCCCUUGCUGGUGAGGAGCCGACCACAAGAGAGCAGAAUAUGGCCCAUGAGAGGUAUUCUGGGUACCAUGUUGACCUCCGUGACAAGAUAAUAAAUUGCUGUGUGCCAUUCGAAACGCAU